CUUGAGGCUGGGCCCGUGAACCUUGCGGGGCGCUGUCAGGUCCGACGGUGGAUGGUAAUUGCCUGCCUCCCGCGAGCAAGAAGGUACUUUGUUGUCCUUAAAUGACUUUCCUGGAAGUACUUUCAGGAGUGUUUGAUUUCCUUCCCAUCAAAUAUGGAAGACUGAUUCCUGAUAAUUUCACACAUUCUAUGCUGUGAUAUCCUUGGGAUUCUCAAACUAAAGUAGAAGACCUCUUGAACCCAAGCCUGACCUGAUUCCAGGCCAUGGAUUAACCUCUGUGAAGUAAGGAUUCGAAGCCUUGUCAUUUACAGAAAAUUUCAUAUAGCUUGCUUAUUUGAUCCUCACAACAAACCAGUGAGACACUAUCCCCAUUGAUACAGCUACUCUGCUAAAAGCUAGAAUGAAACAGUUGCCUGCAGCAACAGUGCGCCUCCUUUCAAGUUCUCAGAUAAUCACUUCAGUGGUCAGUGUUGUGAAAGAGCUCAUUGAAAACUCCUUGGAUGCAGGUGCCACAAGCAUAGAUGUUAAACUGGAGAACUAUGGAUUUGAUAAAAUUGAGGUGCGAGACAAUGGUGAGGGUAUCAAGGCCACUGAUGCACCUGUAAUGGCAAUGAAAUACUACACUUCAAAAAUAAAUAGUCAUGAAGAUCUUGAAAAUUUGACAACUUACGGUUUUCGUGGAGAAGCAUUGGGGUCAAUUUGUUGUGUAGCUGAGGUUUUGAUUACAACAAGGACAGCUUCUGAUAAUUUUAGCACCCAGUAUGUUUUGGAUGGCAGCGGCCACAUAAUUUCUCAAAAACCUUCACAUCUUGGUCAAGGUACAACUGUAACUGCUUUAAGAUUGUUUAAGAAUCUACCUGUAAGAAAGCAGUUUUACUCAACUGCUAAAAAAUGUAAAGAUGAAAUAAAAAAGAUCCAGGAUCUCCUCAUAAGCUAUGGUAUACUUAAACCUGACUUAAGGAUUGUUUUUAUACAUAACAAGGCGGUUAUUUGGCAGAAAACUAGAGUAUCUGAUCAUAAGAUGGCUCUCAUGUCUGUUCUGGGGACUGCUGUUAUGGGCAACAUGGAAUCCUUUCAGUACCACUGUGAAGAAUCUCAGAUUUAUCUAAGUGGAUUUCUUCCAAAGCAAGAUGCAGACCACUCUUUUACAAGUCUUUCAACCCCAGAAAGGAGUUUUAUCUUUAUAAACAGUCGACCAAUACAUCAAAAAGACAUAUUAAAGCUAAUCCGACAUUAUUACAAUCUGAAGUGCCUAAAGGAAUCCACUCGUUUGUAUCCCAUUUUCUUUCUGAAAAUUGAUGUUCCUACAGCUGAUGUGGAUGUAAAUUUAACACCAGAUAAAAGUCAAGUAUUAUUACAGAAUAAGGAAUCUGUUUUAAUUGCUCUUGAAAAUCUGAUGACGACUUGUUACGGAUCACUACCUGGUACAAAUGAAAAUAAUAAAACAGAUGUUUCCUCAGCUGACAUGGUUGUUAGUAAUACAACAGAAACAGAUGUGCUUUUUAAUAAGAUGGAAUCAUCUGGAAAUAAUUAUCCAAAUGUUGAUACUUCAGCCAUUCCUUUCCAAAAUGAUGUGCAUAAUGAUAAAUCUGGGAAAAACACUAAUUAUUGUUUAAGUCAUCAGCUACAUGUUGAUGACCAUUAUGAUGAUCAUUUUAAUAGUGAAAAUUCUAACAUUGAUAAGAACACUAGAAAUAUAUUUCAGGAGAUCCCAGUGAAUAAUUUAUCAUGUGAGGAUGCUCAGAAGGAAUGUAGUGAAAUUUGUUUUGUAGAUUCUGUUAAGCACACCCAAUCAGAAAAUGGCAAUAAAAGCAAUAGAGAUGAGAGUGGGAACAAUAAGGAAGCAGCAGGUCCUGAGAAGUCUUUGGAAAUCUGUGCAGAUGACUGGAGCAAGGGAAAUACACUUAAAAAUUCAAUGGGAGAAAACAUUGAACCCGUGAAAAUUUUAGUGCCUCAAGAAAGUUCAGCGUGUAAAUUAAGUAAUAAUACUUCUCCAAGCCCUGAACAAAAGAAUCUCAGUGAAGGUUCCUGUAACAAAAAAUCAAAUGUGGUAGACAACAAAUCUGGACAGCUUACAGCUUAUGAUUUAAUUAGCAAUCGAGUAAUCAAGAAACCCAUGUCAGCAAGUGCCCUUUUUGUUCAAGAUCAUCGUGCUCAGUUUCUCACAGAAAAGCUGGAGGAUGCAACAGUACAAAUUGAAGAACUGUGGAAGACAUUGAGUGAAGAGGAAAAACUGAAAUAUGAAGAGAAGGCUACUAAAGAUUUGGAACGAUACAAUAAGCAAAUCAAGAGAGCCAUUGAACAAGAGUCACAAAUAUCAUUAAAAGAUGGCAGAAAAAAGAUAAAGCCCACCAGUGCAUGGCAUUUGGCACAGAAGCACAAAUUGAAAACUUCAUUAUCGAAUCAGCCAAAACUUGAAGACCUCUUUCAGUGCCAAAUUGAAAAAAGAAAGAACCAAAAUGUUAAAAUAGUUCAGAUCCCCUUUUCUAUGGAAAACUUAAAAAAAAAUUUUGAGAAACAUAAAUUUGACUUAGAAGAGAAGGACGAAUUUUGCUUGAUCCACAAUCUCAAGUUUCCUGAUGGGUGGCUAAUUACAUCCAAAACAGAGGUAAUGUUAUUAAAUCCUUACAGAGUAGAAGAAGCCCUCCUAUUUAAAAGACUUAUUGAGAAUCAUAAACUUCCUGCAGAGCCACUGGAAAAGCCCAUUAUAUUAACAGAGAGUCUUUUUAAUGGAUCUCAUUACUUAGAGAUUUUAUGUAAAAUGACCACAGAUGAUCAGAGACACAGUGGAUCAACUUACCUGUCUGAUCCUCGUCUUACAGCAAAUGGUUUCAAGAUAAAAUUAAUACCAGGUGUUUCCAUUGCUGAAGACUACUUGGAAAUAGAAGAAAUGGCUAAUUGUCUCCCAUUCUAUGGAGUGAUGGACUUAAAAGAAAUUCUUAAUGCCAUAUUAAACAAAAAUGCAAAGGAAGUUUAUGAAUGUAGACCUCGUAAAGUGAUAAGUUAUUUGGAGGGAGAAGCAGUGCGUCUUUCUAGACAGUUGCCGAUGUACUUGUCAAAAGAGGACAUCCAAGACAUUAUGUACAGAAUGAAGCACGAAUUUGGAAAUGAAAUUAAAGGGUGUGUUCAUGGUCGCCCAUUUUUUCAUCAUUUAAUCCAUAUUCCAGAAGCUACCUAAUUAAAUAUGUUUAAGAAAUUUGUUCCUAUUAAAAUUGAUAAUAAAACGAGUCAGUUUUAAACCA